AUGGUCUCUACUUCUUUUGAAUUUACUGCGAGUUCAACGUGGCACGAUCCAAUGGACAUUCACGUUCGAAAGCUCAUGAUGACACGUCUUCAAAGUCAUUCAACAUUGACACAACAAUAUCCGCUCUUACAGACAUCUAAAGAUUCUGGUACAAGUCCAUCACUUUUGCAACGACUUGAAUGGAUGUUGUACCAUUCUGCAGGCUCUUUAGGUGAAUACCUGCAUCAGCCAUCGCUGGAGCGACGUGUACAGGGUCUCGUGACCCAUUAUAAACGCAAACGAUCCGAGACAGAACCAAACGACAACGUUAUGACGUCUAGUCGAGCUUCGACUACCAAGAGACAGAGAUUUCUAGUGACGAUUACCGAAGAUGAGAGUCGUGACUGUAGUGUCAGUGCUACAGAUUGUGUGCUUAACAGUAACUUGGACUUGUUGCACCACGUGUGCAGGUUUCUAGACAGCUCCGACGUCUUACGAUGUCGAACGGUCAACAAAUUCCUGUACCUUCAUGCACCGUCUUUUAUACAGUCAUUGCAUAUUGACGCAACGUCGUCUACAAUGUCAGAGACGCAGAAUGAUGGUGGUGAUGCUGCUGUGUCAGGACUGGCGGGCUUUGUUGCACGAAUGCAAGAACCUCACAAGUCUCACGAUCUCAAACCAAAACAACCAGUCACAUCUCAAGGCAGCGCGCUGGAAGGAGGAGCAUGUCCUUUACUACAGACAUUUGAGCUCCUUGCUCCGUUCGACUUUACAACAGAGAGUGAUACCGUUUUAGUGGUGCUGCGAGCACUGGCUGAGAGUAAGACAGAGCAUGGGCUCAGGAUUCCGCUGCAGCAUUUGGUACUUGAUGCAACUUUUCUCGGUGAUCGCGGCAUUAAGCAGCUUACUGACCUGUUCGAGACUCGGAGAGCAUUCUUCAAGCACCUGCAGACACUAAUCGUGCGCAACAAUUCCAUGGGUGAAACAGGUUGUCGCGCUCUUCUUGAUGUCAUCGAGCCGUUCAGUGACCUCAAGACGCUGGACCUGAGUCGAAACAUCCUGACUGACACGGAUGCACUCGCACUUGCAGAUUUGCUCGACAAUCCUGUCGCAGGCUGGAGUUUUUGCGAAAGCAUGAAUGGUAACUGGAUGACGUCGUCUAAAGAGGACAUUGAACGUGAACGGUUGAGCGUGCUGGGACUUGCCGGGCUGCGAACGCUUAAGCUGCAUGAAAACUUCAUCACGUGUGACGGGUUUCACGCCAUCACGAUUGCACUGUGCUCUCGAGAAGUCUUUGUGGCGACAAUUGGUAAUGCUGCUGAAUCCAAUGAUGAAGAGGAAGACAAUUACGAUGAUAAUGAGGAGGAGGAAGAAUUCAUACAUGGAGAUCAAGAGCACCAGACGAUAUUUAUGAAGAAAUGA